CCCUGCAUCAAAUGAUGAUGUGAAAAACCCGAUGAUGUUGAGAAGCUCAUGUGUCUUGUACUUCAGGCACUUGAGAAGAAGAUCAUCACCUUUGUGAAGAACGAGCUGCAGAGAUUGAGGAGGAUUCUUGAUCCAGAUUACGAAGAGUCCUUUGAGAGGAGAGAGGAAGAUGAGAUUGAUGCCAGAGAAGGGGCUCUCAAGAUGGCACUACACUUCCUAUGGAAGAUGGACAGGGGGGAUCUGGCUAACAAAAUGAGAGAAAAUGAACUGGAUGUACUUUGUCAGGCUGAACUGAAACGAAAUCUCAAGACCAAAUAUCGGAAAGUGUUUGAAGGAAUCCCCAAGCAAGGAAGCUCAGCUCUACUGGAAAAGAUCUAUACAGAAAUCUACAUCACAGAGGGAGGAAGUGGGAAGGUAAAUGAGGAGCAUGAAGUCAGGCAGAUUGAGUCCAAAUCCAAGACAUCAGCUGGACAGGAGAAACCAAUCAAAUGCAGUGACAUAUUUAAACCCUUACCUGGUCAAGACAAACCAAGCAGAAGGGUGAUGACAAAGGGAGUAGCUGGCAUCGGCAAAACCGUGUCCAUUCAGAAGUACAUCCUGGACUGGGCUGUAGGAAAAGACAACAAAGAGAUCCACUUCAUUUUCCCUUUGCCUUUUCGGGAGCUCAACCUCUUGAAAGACAAACAAUGCUCUUUGAUGGAUCUUCUUCACCACUUCUUUCCAGAGCUGAAGCAGUUGACCUUUUGCAACCAAGAGAAGUACAACAUACUGUUCAUCUUUGACGGUCUGGAUGAAUGUCGACUCCCACUGAACUUCCAGAAGAAUGAAAGUUGGUCUGAUGUGGCGGCUGUCACAUCACUGGAUGUGCUCCUGACAAAUCUGAUCAAGGGCAAUCUGCUUCCCUCUGCUCUACUUUGGAUAACUUCCCGACCAGCAGCAGCUAAUCAGAUUCCUCCUGAGUGUGUUGACCUUGUCACAGAGAUACAAGGCUUCAAUGACGCACAGAAGGAGGAGUACUUCAGGAAGAGGAUCAGUGAUGAGACUCUUGCAAGCAGAAUCAUAUCUCACAUUACAUUAUCAAGGAGCCUCCACAUCAUGUGCCACAUCCCAGUCUUUUGCUGGAUCACUGCUUGUGUUCUUGAGAUGAUUCUCAGCUCUUCAGAAGCAAAACGGCUCCCAAAGACUUUGACGGAGAUGUACACAUUUUUCCUGAUCUUUCAAACCAAACAGAAGAGCCAAAAGUAUGAAGAUGUGCAUGACCAUGAGCCACAAUGGAACCAGGAUCUCAUCCUUGACCUUGGGAAGCUGGCCUACAACCAGUUGGAGAAGGGAAAUCUGAUCUUCUAUGAAGACGACAUGAGAGGGUGUGGCAUUGAUGUCAGAGAAGCAGCAGUACGUUCAGGUGUCUGCACCCAGAUCUUCAGAGAAGAAUCUGGAAUCUUUCAAGCAACAGUGUUCUGCUUUGUCCACCUGAGUAUCCAGGAGUAUCUUGCGGCUCUGUAUGUGUUUCUGAUGAUGGCAACCCAAAAGAAAGAUGUGCUAUCCAGACACCAAACUCUAUCUAGGGAAGAAUCCAUGACCACCUUACACAAGAGUGCUGUGGACAAAGCUCUAUGGUAUAAAGACGGCCGCUUUGACCUCUUCCUCCGUUUCCUUCUUGGUCUCUCUCUGGACUCCAAUCAGACUCUCCUGCAUGGCCUACUGCAAAGAGGACAGAAGCAGACUGGCGAUGAUGAAACAAUCAGUUACAUAAAGGAGAAGAUCAGGGAGGCCCCUUCAUCAGAGAGGGUGAUCAACCUCUUCCACUGCCUAAAUGAACUGAAUGACCACUCCUUAGUGGAGGAGAUCCAGAGCUUCCUGAGUGCAGGGACACUUUCUGAAUCCCAGCUCUCACCUGGCCAAUGGUCAGCUCUAGUGUUUGUGCUGCUGACAUCAGACCAGAAACUGGAUGUGUUUGACUUGAAGAAGUACGUCAGAUCUGACGAAGGUCUCCUGAGGCUGAAGCCAGUCGUAGAGGAAUCCCAAACUCUCCUGUAAGUAUGAUGGCAGUGAGUACAUUUCAGACAAGAGGUUACUGUUUAAAACAUGUGACGAUGAGUACUCUUCAGGCAAGAGCUUAUUAACUGAUUUAAUUACUGACUGAAUAGGGCAGUCAUGGGUAAUAGGGCAGCCAUGGGUAAGCGGUUAGGGUGUCAGACUUGUAUCCCAAAGGUUGCCGGUUCGACUCCCGACCCGCCAGGUUGG